AUGCGAGGCCAGCGUGUGGUGGAGAGCGAGUGUAGGUGCUGGAACCCAGUCGUCUGGCUGCUGGUGUCCCUGCUGGGAUUCCUCGUUUUGGUGGCUGUCAGUGUGCUGCUGCGACUCGGAGACAUAAAGAUAGACAGACGGGCUGUUAACAUACAACUGGUGAAUGGACGUAACAGGUGUGAGGGUAGAGUGGAGGUGUUCUACAAUAACUCAUGGGGCACAGUGUGUGACGACGACUGGGACAUGGUGGACGCCAACGUGGUGUGUCGGCAGCUGGGCUGCGGCGUGGCUGUGGCAGUGGGGAGCAGCUCUCAGUUUGGACAAGGCUCAGGCAUUAUCUUGCUGGACAACGUGGACUGCAGAGGAAGUGAAACAGACGUCAGCCAGUGCCGUACUCUGGACUGGGGCGUCCACAAUUGUUACCACUAUGAGGAUGUGGGUGUUACCUGCAAAGAGCCAGCAAUGGUGGGGGCAAAAGGUUUUCUGGAUCCCACCACACCCCCUGUGCAGAACUCCGGUUUACGAGAUGGCACCAUCCGUCUGGUGAAUGGACAGAACUCCUGCCAGGGCCGGGUAGAGAUCUACUACCACGGAGGCUGGGGGACAGUGUGUGAUGACGACUGGGUCUUCAACAAUGCCCGGGUGGUGUGCCAACAGAUCGGCUGCGGUAGUGCCGUCUCUGCACACACCAACUCCUACUUUGGCUAUGGAACAGGACAGAUUCUCCUAGACAAUGUCAACUGCUACGGCACUGAACUUGAACUGGCGAAAUGCAAAAGCCUGGGCUGGGGCAAACACAACUGUGGCCAUCAUGAAGACGCUGGGGUCACCUGCACGGGAUCCACCACUGUACCUCCUGUGGCAACAGGAAAUAACCGAGCUCUAUGGCCAACAUAUAACACUGAAGCAACAGAAAAGGUUCCAGUCACCACGUUACCAACUACAACAACUGUUACAACAACUUCCACAACAAAAGGCACACCAUCCAUUCGUGUCGUGAAUGGUAACGGUAGCUGUCAGGGUCGUGUAGAGGUCCUCUACAAAACUAUUUGGGGGACGGUGUGUGAUGAUGACUGGGACAUGACCAAUGCCAACGUGGUGUGCAGGCAGCUAGGCUGUGGCCCAGCUAUCGCGGCUACGGUCCUAGCCUACUUCGGCUACGGUACGGGUCCCAUCCUGCUGGAUAAUGUGGAUUGCGUAGGCUCCGAACUGGAGCUGUCCAAGUGCUUCAACCUGGGCUGGGGUCAACACAACUGUGGCCAUCAUGAGGAUGCUGGGGUUAUCUGUGCACCUUUUGAAUUGUACAUGAUAAAUGGACGUGGCUUUGGAGUAACAGAAAGCAUACCUGCCGCCACCACCACCACACAACCACCUGAGGGAAUGGUGAGAUUGGUGGGUGGCCAGCACCGAUGCGAGGGUCGGUUGGAAAUGUACUCAAAUUCUGGAUGGGGCACAGUGUGUGAUGAUGCUUGGGACCUCCCGGACGCUCAGGUUGUGUGUCGCCAACUGGGCUGUGGAGAGGCCACGGCGGCUCGGGGAGAAGCGUUUUUCGGGCCCGGCACAGGAACAAUCCUGCUGGACAAUCUUAAGUGCAGCGGUGCUGAGGCGUCCCUGCAGCAGUGCUCCCAUAUAUCCUGGAAUGUGCACAACUGCGACCACUCUGAAGAUGCUGGCGUCACCUGCUCACUGUCGUGA